AGACAUAGAAGAGCUCUAAAGAAGAUAGAAUUGUAUGCUGUACAGUACAGCUGCAGCAAAUGUUCCAGUAUAGCAACAAUGGAUGUUCAAGAUUAAGAGUAAAUUAGACUCAAGUAUAUAAUUAAGACAGAAAUGAAAUACUGGAGGUGCAGUUAAAGGGUUUUGCUUCAUCCCAAUUCUCAUUUUCUCUCAGAGGUAACCAGUGUCAGGUUUUUUCUCUUUGUUUUACUUGCAACUAUAAAUUUUCAACUGUGAAUUUCCCAGGAAGCUCAUGAUUUUAAUGGUCAAGAUCUGUGUGGUAAUUUCAAGAUGAUGACUCUUCCAGCUGGGGCAAGUGUUAAACUGAGUUAGAGGAUUUAGCUCUCUGACAUAUUUGGCUGGCUAUAUGAACCUGUUGCUCUUACCAAACCCCUAAGUGUCUGACAUCUCUAGCAUCUUUCUGCUUUAGGAACUGUGACUAAUGAGAAUCAAAGACCAUGGAUGAAGAUGAAAUUGAAUUGCAGCCACAAGAAUCAAACUCAUUUUUUGAUGGAAUAGUUUUUCAGAACACUUCCCAUACAUUCCCAUUUGAUCAUCACAACAGUCCUGUGAGGAACUGAUGCUACACACAUGGAUGGUGAUCAGAUUGUUGUGGAAGUUCAAGAAACUGUUUUUGUUUCAGAUGUUGUGGAUUCAGAUAUAACUGUACAUAACUUUGUUCCUGAUGACCCAGACUCAGUUGUAAUUCAAGAUGUUAUUGAGGAUGUUGUUAUUGAGGAUGUUCAGUGCUCAGAUAUCUUAGAAGAAGCAGAUAUAUCUGAAAAUGUCAUCAUUCCUGAGCAAGUGCUUUAUUCAGAUGUAACCGAAGAAGUUUCUUUAGCACAUUGCACAGUCCCAGAUGAUGUUUUAGCUUCCGACAUUGCUUCAGCCUCAAUGUCUAUGCCAGAACACGUCUUGACAAGUGAAUCUAUACAUGUGUCUGACAUUGGACAUAUUGAACACGUUGUUCAUGAUAGUGUAGUAGACGCAGAAAUCGUGACUGAUCCUCUGACAACUGAUGUAGUUUCAGAAGAAGUAUUGGUAGCAGAUUGUGCCUCUGAAGCAGUCAUAGAUGCCAACGGGAUCCCUGUGGACCAGCACGAUGGUGAUAAAAGCAACUGUGAGGACUACCUUAUGAUUUCCUUGGAUGAUACUGGCAAAAUAGAACAGAAUGAUGCCUCUGUAAUGGCUAUGGACACAGAGUCGGAAAUCAGUUCUUGUAAAGUGGAUGGCACUUGUCCUGAAGUUAUUAAAGUAUACAUUUUUAAAGCUGAUCCUGGAGAGGAUGACUUAGGUGGCACUGUAGACAUUGUGGAGAGUGAGCCUGAGAAUGAUUGUGGGGAACUACUUGACCAGAAUAGCAGUAUUCGUGUGCCAAGGGAAAAGAUGGUUUAUAUGACUGUCAAUGACUCUCAGCAAGAAGGUGAAGAUUUAAAUGUUGCAGAAAUUGCUGAUGAAGUUUAUAUGGAAGUGAUUGUGGGAGAAGAAGAUGCUGCUGUUGCAGCAGCAGCAGCUGCUGCUGCUGUGCAUGAACAGCAAAUUGAUGACAAUGAAAUAAAGACUUUCAUGCCAAUAGCAUGGGCAGCAGCUUAUGGUAAUAAUUCUGAUGGAAUUGAAAACCGGAAUGGCACUGCAAGUGCCCUCUUGCACAUAGAUGAGUCUGCUGGACUUGGCAGACUGGCUAAACAAAAACCAAAGAAAAGGAGAAGACCUGAUUCCAGGCAGUACCAAACAGCAAUAAUAAUUGGCCCUGAUGGACAUCCCUUAACUGUCUAUCCUUGCAUGAUUUGUGGGAAAAAAUUUAAGUCCAGAGGUUUUUUGAAAAGACACAUGAAAAAUCAUCCUGAACACCUUGCCAAAAAGAAAUACCACUGUACUGACUGUGAUUACACUACCAACAAGAAGAUAAAUUUACACAACCACCUGGAAAGCCACAAGCUGACCAGCAAGACAGAGAAAGCCAUCGAGUGCGAUGAAUGUGGGAAGCAUUUCUCUCAUGCUGGGGCUUUGUUUACUCACAAAAUGGUGCAUAAGGAAAAAGGAGCCAAUAAAGUUCAUAAGUGUAAAUUUUGUGACUAUGAAACAGCUGAACAAGGGUUAUUGAAUCGCCACCUUUUGGCAGUCCACAGCAAGAACUUUCCUCAUAUUUGCGUAGAGUGUGGUAAAGGUUUUCGUCAUCCAUCAGAGCUCAAAAAGCACAUGCGAAUCCAUACUGGAGAGAAGCCAUACCAAUGCCAACAUUGCGAAUAUAGGUCUGCAGACUCUUCUAACUUGAAAACGCAUGUAAAAACUAAGCAUAGUAAAGAGAUGCCAUUCAAGUGUGACAUAUGUCUUCUGAAUUUCUCAGAUACCAAAGAGGUGCAGCAACAUGCUCUUACUCACCAAGAAAGCAAAACACACCAGUGUUUGCAUUGCGACCACAAGAGUUCAAACUCGAGUGAUUUGAAACGACACAUAAUUUCAGUGCACACGAAGGACUACCCCCACAAGUGUGACAUGUGUGAUAAAGGCUUUCAUAGGCCUUCAGAACUCAAGAAACACGUGGCUGCCCACAAGGGUAAAAAAAUGCACCAGUGUAGACACUGUGACUUUAAGAUUGCAGAUCCAUUUGUUCUAAGUCGCCAUAUUCUCUCGGUUCACACAAAAGACCUUUCAUUUAGGUGUAAGAGAUGUAGAAAGGGAUUUAGGCAACAGAAUGAGCUUAAAAAGCAUAUGAAGACACACAGUGGCAGGAAAGUGUAUCAGUGUGAAUACUGUGAGUAUAGCACUACAGAUGCCUCAGGCUUUAAACGACAUGUUAUUUCCAUACAUACGAAAGACUACCCUCACCGUUGUGAGUACUGUAAGAAAGGGUUCCGGAGACCUUCGGAAAAGAACCAGCACAUAAUGCGGCAUCAUAAAGAAGUGGACCUGCCCUGA